GCGGCCAUUUCUCCAUUGAUUGCGUCUACUCCUGGCAGAAAGCUCCGCAGAGUGCCCUGUCUAGGGAAGUGUAUUUUGGGUUUCUGUUGUCAUAAUUUUGUUUUCGCUGGUAAACGAAUCCUACCUUCUGACCAUGCCUGGGCUUACCAAGUGCCUCUGAAGCAUUUCCCCCUGAGUAUACUUCCAAAGCACGGACAUGGUGCCUGGCGAGGACAACCACCUUGUACCCAAAGAGGACAUGUUUUGGAGUUGCAGACAAAGUAUCUUUAAUGAAAUGAAGAAGAAAUUUUCAAAGAUUGAAAAUGCUGCUGAUGAACCUCGAGUGCUGUGCAUAGUACAAGAUACCACCAACUGCAGAACCAUCAAUGAAAAGAUAACGUUAAAUCUCCCGGCCUCUACAUCUGUGAGGCAACUGUUUGCAGAUGUGUCCAGCAAAGUGGGAUAUGUGAAUGGAACAUUUAACCUUAUGUGGGGAAAUGGACUUGUUAAUACAGAAAUGACAGCGUUGGAUCCAGCACUUGACAGGACUCUACAAGAUGCUGGGUUUCAGGCAGGAAAGAAGAACUUCCUUCAUUUGACAGAUAAAAACGGGGAACAGCCUCAGCUUGUGUCGGACGAGUCUGGUACAGCUGACAGCAGUGGUGUCGAUGACAAUACCCAGGAGAAGUUCAUAGGACCCCUGCCAAGAGAAGGGUCUGUGGGUUGUACAAGUGACUAUGUCAGCCAGAACUACUCCUAUUCCUCCCUUCUCAGCAAAUCAGACACAGGUUAUGUGGGAUUGGUUAAUCAAGCAAUGACCUGCUACUUAAACAGCCUUUUACAAACCCUGUAUAUGACACCAGAGUUCCGGAAUGCAUUGUAUAAAUGGGAAUUUGAGGAAGUGGAUGAAGAUCCAGUCACCAGCAUCCCAUACCAGCUGCAAAGACUGUUUGUGUUGUUGCAGACCAGCAAAAAGAGAGCCAUAGAGACCACGGACGUCACACGCAGCUUUGGGUGGGACAGCAGUGAAGCUUGGCAGCAGCAUGACGUUCAGGAGUUGUGUCGGGUUAUGUUUGAUGCUUUGGAGCAAAAAUGGAAGCAAACAGAGCAGGCUGACCUGAUCAAUCAGCUUUAUCAAGGCAAACUGAAAGACUACGUGAGAUGCUUGGAGUGUGGUUAUGAGAGCUGGAGAAUUGACACAUUCCUUGAUAUUCCUCUUGUCAUCAUGCCUUAUGGUUCCAACACGGCAUUUGGUAGUGUGGAAGAAGCAUUGCACGCAUUUAUUCAACCCGAAAUCCUUGAUGGUCCUAACCAGUACUACUGUGAGCGCUGUAAAAAGAAAUGUGAUGCCAGAAAAGGCUUAAGGUUUCUGCACUUUCCGUAUCUGUUGACUCUGCAGCUGAAAAGGUUUGACUUUGAUUAUACCAGCAUGCACCGGAUCAAACUGAAUGACCGUAUGACUUUCCCCGAGCAGUUAGACAUGAGUGCAUUCAUUGAUGUUGAAGACGAGAAAUCUCCUCAAACAGAGAGCUGUACGGACAGUGGAGCCGAAAAUGAAGGGAGUUGUCAUAGUGACCAGAUGAGCAACGAUUUUUCUACUGAUGAUGGUGUUGAUGAAGGAAUUUGUCUUGAAAGCAACAGCAGUGUUGAGAAAAGUAGUAAACCUGUCACGGAAAAGAAUUCUUUAUUUGAACUUUUUUCCGUGAUGGUCCAUUCAGGAAGUGCUGCUGGUGGACAUUACUAUGCGUGUAUAAAGUCAUUUGCUGAUGGUCAGUGGUACAGUUUCAAUGAUCAACAUGUGAGCAGGAUAACGCAGGAAGACAUCAUGAAAACAUACGGUGGUUCUACAGCAAAUAGAGGAUACUACUCUAGUGCCUUUGCAAGCUCUGCAAAUGCAUAUAUGCUUAUGUAUCGGCUAAAGAACUCCGCUAAAAAUGCAAAGUUUCUUGAACCAAGUGAUUUUCCAGAGCACAUAAAGCAUCUAGUGCAAAAAGAAAAAGAUCAGGAAGAACAAGAAAAGCGGCAGCGUGAGAUUGAACGCAACACAUGCAAACUGAAGUUAUUCUGCAUGCAUCCUGUGAAGCAAAUACUGAUGGAGAACAAGCUAGAAGUGCAUAAGGAUAAAACUUUAAGAGAGGCGGUUGAGAUUGCGUACAAGUUAAUGGAUUUGGAUGGUGCGGUUCCUCUUGAUUGCUGUCGGCUUGUGAAAUAUGAUGAAUUUCAUGAUUACUUGGAGUGUUCGUAUGAAGGGGAAGAGGACAAAGCCAUGGGAUACCUGCUUGGCGGCGUGAAAUCAUCCUACAUGUUUGAUUUGCUGUUAGAAACCAAGAGACCUGAUCAAGUAUUUCAGUCCUAUAAGCCUGGGGAGGUCAUGGUGAAGGUGUAUGUGGUGGAUCUGAAGACAGACACAAUAGCAGCUCCUCUGAGUAUCCGCGCGUAUCUGAGCCAGACAGUCAUGGAAUUUAAGCAGCUGAUUGCCCAGAGUAUAGACCUGCCACCAGAAAGCAUGCGGAUAGUACUGGAACGCUGUUACAAUGAUCUGCGCCUUCUGACAGUGCCAAAUAAGACUCUGAAAGCAGAAGGAUUCUUUAGAAGUAAUAAGGUAUUUGUGGAGAGCUCUGAUUCACUUGACCAUCAACUAACUUUUACGGACUCUCAGCUGUGGAAGCUUCUGGACCGCCAUGCUAACACAAUCAGAUUGUAUGUCUCCCUGCCCGAACAUGCUCCAGGCACUCAGACAGCCAGGACUCUUUGUUCUAAAGCUUGUGGGCUCAUAAACCAUCCCUCAGAAUUUUGUGACCAGGGGGAGGGCAAUGUGAAGUCUGUGGAUGCCAUUUUGGAGGAAAGCACUGAAAAACUAAAGAGUCUGUCCCUUCAGCAACAGCAGGGUGGUGGGAACGGGGACAGUAGUAAAAGCACAGAAGGUAGUGACUUUGAGAACAUAGAUUCAUCUCUGAAUGAUGCAGAUUCCUCAGGAUCAGCCGAUAACAGAGAACUUGAAAACCGAAUUCUGACAACUGACCCUGAAAAUAAUUUCCAGCCAGAGGAACGUUCCGACUCCGACGUGAAUAAUGAUCGGAGUACAAGCUCAGUGGACAGUGAUAUCCUUAGCUCAAGCCAUAGCAGUGAUACUUUGUGCAAUGCGGACAAUGCCCCUAUCCCCUUGGCAAAUGGACUUGAUUCUCACAGUAUCACUAGCAGCAGGAGAUCAAAAGCCAAUGAAGGGAAGAAGCAAACAUGGGAUACUGCCGAGGAGGACUCUGGGACAGACAGUGAAUAUGACGAGAGUGGGAAAAGCCGGGGAGAGACACAGUAUGCGUAUUUUAAAGCUGAAUCUUAUACUCCAGAAGGCUCAGGUGAAGGACAAAAAUGUUUAACUGUAAAUGUUGAUAAGAGGAUCACCUUAGCUGCCUUCAAACAACACUUAGAGCCUUUCGUGGGUGUUUCCUCCUCCCAUUUUAAAGUUUUCCGGGUCUAUGCUAGCAAUCAGGAAUUUGAAAGUGUCCGUCUAAACGAAACACUCUCUUCGUUUUCAGAUGACAACAAGAUCACCAUCAAGCUUGGACGAGCUCUGAAAAAGGGUGAAUACAGAGUCAAAGUAUUUCAGCUUUUAUUAAAUAAUCCUGAGCCCUGCAAGUUUCUGUUGGAUGCUGUGUUUGCUAAGGGGAUGACCGUGCGACAAUCAAAAGAGGAGCUGAUCCCUCAACUAAAGGAACAGUGUUGCCUUGAUCUUACAGUUGAUAAGUUCCGCCUAAGAAAGAAAACGUGGAAGAAUCCAGGCACAGUAUUCUUAGAUUACCAUGUGUAUGAAACUGAGAUUAGUAUCUCAAGCAACUGGGAGGUGUUCUUAGAAGCGUUAGAAGCAGAAUGUGAAAAAAUGAAAUCCAUGACUCAGCUCUCCAUAUUUACAAAAUGCUGGAGGCCGUCAGAGUUGAAGCUUGAUCCGUUUCAGGAAAUCGUUCUGGAAAGCAGCAGUGUAGAUGAAUUAAGAGAAAAGCUAUGUGAAAUAAGCAGCAUACCACUGGAGAAUCUAGAGUUUGCAAAAGGUAGAGGGACAUUCCCUUGUGACAUCUCAGUGUUGGAAAUCCACCAGGAAUUAGACUGGAAUCCAAAAGUAACUACACUGAAUGCCUGGCCGCUGUAUAUAUCAGAUGAUGGAGCUGUCAUAUUUUACAGGGAUAAGACGGAAGAACUGAUUGAGCUCACAGAUGAACAAAGAAAUGAACUGAUGAAAAAAUGAAAGCAGUCGCUUACAAAAAACUGGACACCGCGUGACUUAACUCCCCUCGAAAAUAGA